GGGCUCUGCAGAAAAAAAUGAAGAGGAGAUGAAGAAACUAAACUCAUGUGGCUGUGUAAUCCUUUAGAUAAGGAAACAUUGCUUGAAGUCAAUAGCAGUUUUCUCACAGUUCAUACCUUAUGGCGAGAUUUCACACUUGAAAUGGCGUUCCUUUAUAAAUGGGUGACCUUGUUAUUGUAGGCAUCCUCAUAGAAGCAGAUUGCCUAAAAGGACAACUCAUUUUCUUCCUCAUUUGAAAUGGCCCUCACUUGUACACAGAGGGCAUUGUUACUGUAAACAUCCUCUUCACCAUUUUGUUUAAGAUAAUAGAAGUUGUGCAGAUGCAUUUAUGAACCUGUGUGGGAGCUAGGAAUGAAUUUUUAGUACCGACUGUCAUGAUAUAAUUUCCAUUGUUUGCUUUUGAGUCAAACAGAACUGUACUGGAGAUGCCUCUAUUACUGAGAUGAUCAAAAGAUGGUUAAAUGAGAACCUGAAAUGAGUUUCUCCGGGAUGUAUGGUAUGCGAUUUAUUAGUCUCAUGUUUCAAUAAUUUGAGCUGCUUAAAGCAGUUUUUUUAAUUUUUUUUUUUUUUAGCAUAAUAGAAGGAAUUUUCUUUUAUUUCUUAACUCACUUACUGUGUCUUGUAAUUCAAAUCCAAAACUUCUGCCACCGAAAGGAGUAAAAGGGUAAAUUUCAAGGCGGAUCAAAAAGCGUUGUGUCUGGAGCAAACUUGUACAUUCUGCUAGCAGCUACCGAGUAACAACCUCCCUUCCUCCGGCCAUGGCAGAAGUGCUAAGCUCAAACAAAUUUCAAAUUCAAAACUUUUUCCACCGAAGGGAGUAAAUGAAAUGGCAAUCU